UGAAAAAAGACGGUAUUGAAUUGUUGUAUUGAGAAUAUAAAAGUUCUUGGCUGAAUUUCAUUUUUGAACUAAAGGAUGGCGAGUCUAAUUGGUAGCAAUGAAGGUCUGAAGGAUAGAUAUUCCGAUAUAUUCCUAAGUCACACAGUCUUGAUCAUUAUUGGAGCUGUGAUAGGGGUGUUUGGAAACGGGGCAACAGUUCUGUUUUACUCAUGUCGGAUUAAGGAAAGAGGAGAACGCUAUUUCAUUCCUCUGUUGGUAGAUCUUAUAGCGUGUUUAGAUAUUUCGACAAACUACGUUAUGAAUAAUACAUAUUUUUAUGAUUAUCCGAGUAACACCAUUUGUUGUGUCACUACCUUCAUGCAGGUUUUUGCUUCUGGACUGUCUGCUCAUAUUCUCCUUAUCAUUAGUGUUCAAAGGUACCUGUUAGUAUGUAAACCGUUCGGUCCAAAGAUGACAUUGUUCUGGAAAAAAGUUUCGCUGGCUGUUGCGUGUUUAUUUACAUUCUCAUAUUCGUGUCCUUUAUUAGGAUUAUCAGGAACGAUAAUAACCGAAGAGGUUUUUAACAAUCAUACUAUUAAUACAACGACAUGUAGAUUGACCACAGUAGACACGAUGCCAGUAACUAUUUAUGUUGGACUUAUUAGUUUGAUUCUGGUGUGUAAUCUUGUUAUGACCACAAUAUUGUGCAUACCAGUCUUAAAACGAAUUAAAUUGUCUAUUAGAAAAAAAUCCGAAAGCAAUUUGGUAGCCACUAAAAAGGAAGAUAACAUAUCCAGUCAUGAGAUAACGGAAACAAGUUUAACCAAGACUUCUGGUUUGGAGCUUGGAUCUGAUAUUAGUUCAUCAAAUAUGCAAUCAUCUGGAAAUAAUACAACCCUGAACGUAGACUCGGAUCAAGAACCCUCGAAUGAUGCACAUCGAAAUAGGGACUUCCCUUCGUUAGCAGUGGAACAUUCUUCUACGAACGAUAACUCGAGUACUGCAAACAGAAAUAAAGAAAACAUCAAAAGUUCAUCCAAAUCAAAGAGAAGCUCAGCAAAAAAGAGGAUUAGUUCGAUGUUUGUCGUUAUAAUAACGGCUUACGUCAUUUCUUAUAUUCCUACGGUUGUAUGUGUAAUACUUACUUACACGAUUGGCAAUUUUAACGAUACAAUUUUAUCAAAAGGAGAAACAAUUGCUUGGUUAUAUAUAGCACGGCUGAUUUUUGUAAAUCACCUUGUUAACCCUUUUAUUUAUUGUUAUUUUGAUGUAAAAUUGAAAAGGGAAUUGAAAAAGUGCUGUAAACGUGAGUAAAAAUUACAGAAUUGAGUAUCGAUGUAAAUGUUUUGGGAUGAAACGCUUUUCGUAAAUGUAGUUUACUUUGGUUGUAAAUGAGAUGAUAAUAAUUCUGCGAAUGAGGAUGAAGAGAAUAGAAAAGUGGUAGCUGACGUUGUUUAACGGCAAGUGUCAGUUAUAUUUUCAAAUAUAUUAGGAAAAGAACACAUAUGUUGAUAUAUAUGAACAAAUUAAAAUAACCUUGUUCUUGACCAACAGGCUGAGGUAAAUUUUCAGUGUGCUAGUUAAAAGGGUAACAGUCCACCGGAAAAAUGCAACCCUACUCGAACACUUUACUUUGACCCUCAGCCGACACUCUUUACAAAAUUUUCACCUACUGUUGCGCGUCAUUAAGGACACACCGGGAGCAAAUACCAAAAAGAACUUACUUUUGGUUAGUCAAGGCCUCGAA